AUGCCGAUUGGACUCCAACGAUACCGCCCUCAAGAUCGACUGCACUGCCCACUCCCUCACAUACGAUGGGAGCUGGCGCGGAACCCGAUCACCACACCCGUUCUUUAUCGUCCAUCUGAUCCAGUGGGCCACCGGUUCCAGAUCCUAAGUCCAUCGCCAAUCGCUAGGCUAUACCAUUCAUCAGCUGUCGUGCUUCCUGACGGUCGGAUCCUCGUUGGGGGCAGCAACCCUCAUAUGCGUUACAACUUCACUGGUAUAGAUUACCCGACAGAGCUCAGCAUCGAAGCGUUUUCGCCGCCCUACCUUGAUAUGCAAUACGCUCAGUUAAGGCCACAGAUCACAUUCACUGUGCCCAACCAAGUCAUAUGGUAUGGCCAGCCGAUCACCAUCAAUUUUUUAUUGAGGUCCUACAUGCCGCAAUCUGGACUGUCCGUUACAAUGCUGGCCCUGUCAUUCACAACGCAUUCUACUGCGAUGAGUCAGAGAUUGCUGAUGUUGAAGGUGACGCGGGUGGUGCAGGCACCACCCUUGAUGUAUCAGGUGAACGCAAUUGGACCGCCAACAGCUGCGAUCGCACCGCCUGGCUACUACAUGCUAUUUGUUGUGCAUGCAGGGAUUCCCAGCCCUGGAAUAUGGGUGAGGAUGCAGUGA